AUGGACCGGUUGGACCAACUGGCCUGUUGGUCCUGUGGACCGGUUGGACCAACUGGCCUGUUGGUCCUGUGGACCGGUUGGACCAACUGGCCUGUUGGUCCUGUGGACCGGUUGGACCAACUGGCCUGUUGGUCCUAUGGACCGUUUGGACCAACUGGCCUGUUGGUCCUAUGGACCGGUUGGACCAACUGGCCUGUUGGUCCUAUGGACCGGUUGGACCAACUGGCCUGUCGGUCAAUGGACCGGUUGGACCAAUGGCCUGUUGGUCCUAUGGACCGGUUGGACCAACUGGCCUGUUGGUCUAUGGACCGGUUGGACCAACUGGCAUGUUGGUCCUAUGGACCGGUUGGACCAACUGGCCUGUGGCCUGAUGGGACCGGUUGGACCAACUGGCCUGUUGGUCCUAUGGACGGUUGGACCAACUGGCCUGUUGGUCCUAUGGACCGGACCGGUUGGACCAACUGGCCUGUUGGUCCUAUGGGACCGGUUGGACCAACUGGCCUGUUGGUCCUAUGGACCGGUUGGACCAACUGGCCUGUUGGUCCUGUGGACCGUUGGACCAACUGGCCUGUUGGUCCUAUGGACCGGUUGGACCAACUGGCUGUUGGUCCUGUGGACCGGUUGGACCAACUGGCCUGUUGGUCCUAUGGACCGGUUGGACCAACUGGCCUGUUGGUCCUAUGGACGGUUGGACCAACUGGCUGUUGGUCCUAUGGACCGGUUGGACCAACUGGCCUGUUGGUCCUAUGGACCGGUUGGACCAACUGGCCUGUUGGUCCAAUGGACCGGUUGGACCAACUGGCCUGUUGGUCCUAUGGACGGUUGGACCAACUGGCCUGUUGGUCCUAUGGGACCGGUUGGACCAACUGGCAUGUUGGUCCUAUGGACCGGUUGGACCAACUGGCCUGUUGGUCCUAUGGACCGGUUGGACCAACUGGCCUGUUGGUCCUAUGGACCGGUUGGACCAACUGGCCUGUUGGUCCUAUGGACGGUUGGACCAACUGGCCUGUUGGUCCUAUGGACCGGUUGGACCAACUGGCCUGUUGGUCCUAUGGACCGGUUGGGACCAACUGGCCUGUGGUCCUAUGGACCGGUUGGACCAACUGGCCUGUUGGUCCUAUGGACCGGUUGGACCAACUGGCCUGUUGGUCCUAUGGACCGGUUGGACCAACUGGCCUGUUGGUCCUAUGGACCGGUUGGACCAACUGGCCUGUUGGUCCAAGGACCGGUUGGACCAACUGGCCUGUUGGUCCUAUGGCCGGUUGGACCAACUGGCCUGUUGGUCCUGUGGACCGGUUGGACCAACUGGCCUGUUGGUCCUAUGGACCGGGUUGGACCAACUGGCCUGUUGGUCCUGUGGACCGGUUGACCAACUGGCCUGUUGGUCCUAUGGACCGGUUGGACCAACUGGCCUGUUGGUCCUAUGGACCGGUUGGACCAACUGGCCUGUGGUCCUAUGGACCGGUUGGACCAACUGGCCUGUUGGUCCUAUGGACCGGUUGGACCAACUGGCCUGUUGGUCCUAUGGACCGGUUGGACCAACUGGCCUGUUGCCGAUGGACCGGUUGGACCAACUGGCCUGUUGGUCCUAUGGACGGUUGGACCAACUGGCCUGUUGGGUCCUAUGGACCGGUUGGACCAACAAACUGGCCUGUUGGUCCUGUGGACCGGUUGGACCAACUGGCCUGUUGGUCCUGUGGACCGGUUGGACCAACUGGCCUGUUGGUCCUGUGGACCGGUUGGACCAAUGGCCUGUUGGUCCUAUGGACCGGUUGGACCAACUGGCCUGUUGGUCCUAUGGACCGGUUGGACCAAACUGGCCUGUUGGUCCUAUGGACCGGUUGGACCAACUGGCCUGUUGGUCCUAUGGACCGGUUGGGACCAACUGGCUGUUGGUCCUAUGGACCGGUUGGACCAACUGGCCUGUGGUCCUAUGGACCGGUUGGACCAACUGGGCCUGUUGGUCCUAUGGACCGGUUGGACCAACUGGCCUGUUGGGUCCUAUGGACCGGGUUGGACCAACUGGCCUGUUGGUCCUAUGGACCGGUUGGACCAACUGGCCUGUUGGUCCUAUGGACCGGUUGGACCAACUGGCCUGUUGGUCCUAUGGACCCCCCCGGUUUGGACCAACUGGCCUGUUGGUCCUAUGGACCGGUUGGACCAACUGGCCUGUUGGUCCUAUGGACCGGUUGGACCAACUGGCCUGUUGGUCCUAUGGACCGGUUGGACCAACUGGCCUGUUUGUCCUAUGGACCGGUUGGACCAACUGGCCUGUUGGUCCUAUGGACCGUUGGACCAACUGGCCUGUUGGUCCUAUGGACCGGUUGGACCAACUGGCCUGUUGGUCCUAUGGACCGGUUGGACCAAUGGCAUGUUGGUCCUAUGGACCGGUUGGACCAACUGGCCUGUUGGUCCUAUGGACCCCAACUCCCCCUGGUCCUAUGGACCGGUGGACCAACUGGCCUGUUGGUCCUAUGGACCGGUUGGGACCAACUGGCCUGUUGGUCCUAUGGGACCGGUUGGACCAACUGGCCUGUUGGUCCUAUGGACCGGUUGGACCAACUGGCCUGUUGGUCCUAUGGACCGGUUGGACCAACUGGCAUGUUGGUCCUAUGGACCGGUGGGACCAACUGGCCUGUUGGUCCUAUGGACCGGUUGGACCAACUGGCCUGUUGGUCCUAUGGACCGGUUGGACCAACUGGCCUGUCGGCCGAAUGGACCGGUUGGACCAACUGGCAUGUUGGUCCUAUGGAUCGGUGGGACCAACUGGCCUGUUGGUCCUAUGGACCGGUUGGACCAACUGGCCUGUUGGUCCUAUGGACCGGUUGGACCAACUGGCCUGUUGGUCCUGUGGACCGGUUGGACCAACUGGCCUGUUGGUCCUGUGGACCGGUUGGACCAACUGGCCUGUUGGUCCUAUGGACCGGUUGGACCAACUGGCCUGUUGGUCCUAUGGACCGGUUGGACCAACUGGCCUGUUGGUCCUAUGGACGGUUGGACCAACUGGCCUGUUGGUCCUAUGGACCGGUUGGACCAACUGGCCUGUUGGUCCUAUGGACCGGUUGGACCAACUGGCCUGUUGGUCCUAUGGACCGGUUGGACCAAAGGCCUGUUGGCCUAUGGACGGUUGGACCAACUGGCUGUUGGUACUAUGGACCGGUUGGACCAACUGGCCUGUUGGUCCUAUGGACCGGUUGGACCAACUGGCCUGUUGGUCCUAUGGACCGGUUGGACCAACUGGCCUGUUGGUCCUAUGGACCGGUUGGACCAACUGGCCUGUUGGUCCUAUGGACCGGUUGGACCAACUGGCCUGUUGGUCCUAUGGACCGGUUGGACCAACUGGCCUGUUGGUCCUAG